AUGCCGCCCAAUCCCUCCAUCCGCAUAUUUGCGGUACCGCCAAGGUUCCUCUGCCCAUCAGUGCCUCGCCAAUUUGUGCGCACAAUACGGUCAAUAGCACCUCCGAAGAAGCUGCACAAGUUCAAUCAUGGCAAGGAUCUACCAGUAUUACGAGCCACCCAAAAGGCUGCAUUUCUGCGGAAAGAACACAACAUGCCACUACGGACAGGCGCUAUUGCUAUCAAGAAGGGCAUGACGGGUAUUUACGAUCCGACAACAGCAAAACGAGAAGCAUGUACAGUGCUUCAGCUGGAUAGAUGUCAAGUGGUCAGCCACAAACGACGCGAUGUACAUGGGUACUGGGCAGUGCAGGUUGGUUUCGGCACGAGAGAGGCUCGCAAUGUCACGCGGCCGGAAAGAGGGCAUUUCGCUGCGCAAGGUGUGCCUCUCAAAAGCGAGGUUGCUGAAUUUCGAGUCAAGAAUGAAGAAGGCCUGCCAAAGGUUGGCAGCAUCAUCACAGCAGACCUCUUUCAGCCAGGACAACAUGUUGACGCGAGAGGUGUCACUCGCGGAAUGGGGUUUGCAGGAGGCAUGAAGCGAUGGGGAUUUUCUGGUCAGCCAGCAUCUCAUGGUACCUCUUUGACUCAUCGAGCCAUGGGUUCAGCUGGUGCUUCCCAAGGCAGCGGGUCACGUGUGCUUCCGGGCAAGAAGAUGGCAGGUCGAAUGGGACACAAAAAUCACACAGUGAAAAAUCUGAGGGUCAUGAAAGUCGAUGCAGAGAACGGAAUCGUUGUGGUGAACGGAGCUGUUCCCGGACCGCGCAAUUCCAUCGUGAGAAUCCAAGACGCCAUCAAGAAACCAUGGCCAAAUGUCUCGCCCGAUAUGGGCAUUGUUCCAUUCGUCAGGGAAGGCCCGACUCCGAAACCACUCCCAGAAGAUCUUUGA